CUCCUGCACGGAGGAGCCGGCCGGCCGCCGCGGCGGCGUCUGGAGCCACAAUGGACACUGCUAGUCAUAGCCUUGUCCUUUUGCAGCAGCUGAACAUGCAGCGAGAAUUUGGUUUUCUGUGUGAUUGCACAGUUGCUAUUGGAGAUGUUUACUUCAAAGCCCACAGAGCAGUGCUUGCUGCCUUUUCUAACUAUUUCAAGAUGAUAUUUAUUCACCAAACAAGUGAAUGCAUAAAAAUACAACCAACUGACAUCCAACCUGACAUAUUCAGCUAUUUGUUGCACAUUAUGUACACGGGGAAAGGGCCAAAACAGAUUGUGGAUCAUAGUCGUUUGGAGGAAGGGAUUCGAUUUCUUCACGCCGACUACCUUUCUCACAUUGCAACUGAAAUGAAUCAAGUGUUCUCACCAGAGACUGUGCAGUCCUCAAAUUUGUAUGGCAUUCAGAUCUCAACGACCCAAAAACCAGUUGUCAAACAAGGGCUGGAGGUCAAAGAAGCUGCUUCCAAUAACAGUGGAAACAGAACUGCUGUCCAGGGUGACCAUCCCCAGUUGCAGCUCUCUCUUGCUAUUGGACUGGAUGAUGGCACUGCAGAGCAGCAGAGGGCCCAUCCUGCUACCCAGGCCUUGGAGGAGCACCAGAAGCCCCCAGUGUCCAUCAAGCAGGAGAGAUGUGACCCGGAACCAGUGAUCUCCCAGAACCAUCCCUCACCCCCAUCAGAGGUAACAGGCCCCACUUUUACUGAAAACAGUAUCAAAAUACACUUAUGCCAUUACUGUGGGGAACGUUUUGAUUCCCGUAGUAACCUAAGACAACAUCUCCAUACACAUGUAUCUGGAUCCCUCCCAUUUGGUGUCCCUGCUUCCAUUCUGGAAAGUAAUGACCUUGGUGAAGUGCAUCCACUUAAUGAAAAUAGUGAGGCUCUUGAAUGCCGCAGGCUCAGCUCCUUUGUCGUGAAGGAGAAUGAUCAGCAGCCUGACCACUCAAACCGGGGUACCACAGAGCCUUUGCAGAUCAGUCAAGUAUCUUUGAUCUCCAAAGACACAGAGCCAGUAGAAUUAAACUGUAAUUUUUCCUUUUCAAGGAAAAGAAAAAUCAGCUGUACCAUCUGUGGUCAUAAAUUUCUUCGAAAGAGCCAAUUGUUGGAACACAUGUUUAUACACAAAGCAAAGAGCAACCACUACCUGAAGAAAGCAUUGGAUCCUACACUCAGCACCAGCUAUGGACCACGAAGCUUCCUCCUGGAGGAAGGAAUCUCUCAUUCUGGCCGGAUGCCCCUCAUGGCAGGAGAUAGAGCGCAGGGAGGCAGGUGGAGAUUAUGCAUGCAGAACUCUGUGGUUUGCAGAAGCAACGGCAUCCAUGCGGACAAGGUGAGAAGGGCACAGGAACCCAGCUCCAUCCAUCUUUUAUACCUUACAUAUUUCCAAAAAUAAGUUGAGUUAGCUUAUAAAUUACCCAUGUUUCCCUUUAGGACAUUCCUAGAUACCCACUUGACCUUGUCCCUCUCAAGCUGGGGCGGGAAACAGAAGACAUUGCUCACAAUUCCAGUCUCAGGGCAAAGGGCACAGGCACAAUCUACCCUGCCUGAUUGACUAGGUUGUAUAUUUUCUGAGCCUUUAUUUAAACAAGUUGCUGGCCAUAUUGAAGAGCACCACAAGUAUUUAUUUGUACACAUAUAGCAUUAAUGUAGCCCAAAUGUGUUGCUAGUAGUUUAGUGUGACUUAUUUGGGCUUAAUGUUACCCAUGAGGGCAUUCCUGGGAGCUCCAGCUGUGAGGUCCAGUAAGAUUCAUCACAAUCCCAGCCCCCUCCUCUGGCCCCUCUCACCACAGCAUCCAAGUGAAAAACCUGGUAAGGUGGAGUGAAGAACUCCUGAAAGGCAGCUGCACUCAUUUCCUUUCUUUAAUAGGAUCAUGGUCUUGGGAGAGUAAAUUUCAGAUAUCCAUCUGCAGAUGUUCCAGGAACAUAUUUUACCUUUGUAAGAUUCUCUAGUUUCCACUGAGACGUAUUAAGGAAAGAACUCUUGGGACACAAAAGCAAAGCGGAAUCUAAGUUGUCAAGAUCUUAAAUUUACAGAUAAAAGAGACAAGAGUUGUAAAACAGGAAAAUCUCUAAGCAUCUAGUGUAGUUGUAAUUAAGAAUUCAAUUUAGCUUUGUUCAUUCCACAAACACAAGUCUGUGAAAAUGUCCUUUACAUCCCCAUAUGGGUCACAAGCCCUGCUUGUUGCCAUUUUUGAACUUUAAACAAGCCAAAGCCACUUACUGCGAUCCAAGGUUUCUCAAACCGAGCAGACCCGAGAUUCUGCAAUAAUUUCAGGAAAAAAUAAGAUAAGUGUAUCUAAGUGAGGACAGGGUAGUGAGGACAGUCUUAUUAGAAAUUAGUGGAAAAGGAAGCAAGCUACAGGUUAAAACAAUAAGGGCCACUUUAAUGACUUGUAGAUUUUAUUCUACUUGCUUUUCUUUUAAAAAAAUUUUUUUUGUUUUUAGUGAAAGUGAACUGAAAGACAGUGUAAGAGGUGAAUUUAUUGUGUAUUUGAAAGGCAAAUUAAGAUAGAUUUCUUUAAGGUAUAUUACAAAUAACUCAUUCUUGACCUCCAUCACACACUCAGUCACUCACACACAGUGUAGUACUAUAAAUAAAAUACUGCACUGUGGUUUUUCUUUAAGAUAUGACUAGAACCCAAUGCCAUUAUCUGUAGUUUUUUUUAAAUGUAUCCAGUACUUCAUGCAUGAAAGAAAGCUGUCAUCCUUGAACUCACUUAAAUGACAGUUAAGGCUGUUUAAGCUAUUACCCAUAUCAUUGUCUACUACUUCAUUAGUAGCUUUUCAUUAUAUAAUAGGAAACAGGCUAUAAAUAUCUCUCCAAUCUGAUGAGAAAUUAUCCUACCUACAGCUUAUCUUGUUAAUAUCACCAGAUGCAGUGUGCCAGUAAAAUAGCUUACAUAUUUAUCUGAACAAUACUGAUCAUACUAUUUCUCCCGUCUUGAUCCCUAUCCACCCACAGCCCGGGCCUGUAGCUAAAUGCAAAAAUAGUUGAUAACUCCUUGUCAAUAAUUCCUACAUUUCAGAGGCCUUCUGGGAAUAAGCCCUCCAAGCCCCUUCCCUGGUACACCAUUAAAUGAACUUGUGGCUCCUG